UCUUAUUUUCUGUUCGUAAAGAAGUAAAAGAUAGGUUAGCUAGGAGUACGAAUGCUUUUUCAGAAAAAGUUUGUUCACACAUUUACAUUAUACUGUUGCUUGUUUAAAUGAAACACAAUCAUAAAGGAUCAGCUUCCGAUGUUUUUCCAUGCAUGUAACCAAUCCUAACGGCUGCACGUUGCUAUUGGUCGAUCUCUCGAGAAGGGCGGUUCGGGAUGAGCGGGAUGUUGCGACGUUGUAUCGCAAGUAAUCACUAACUUGGCAUUUGUUUCUUAGACGAUGGAGUUUAUGUUCCCGUGCUUCUCUUCAUUGAUUUAAGCAGUUGUUACUCCUCCCAAUUUCUCGAUCAUCUAUCAUCGCCAGCAUCCAGUUUUCAUAACAAUAUUAGUUUCAGGGCGGAGUGUAAUAUGGGCGGGCGGCUUAACUCUACGUUUCGUGUACAGUUAAUUAUGUGAAACAGUGUUAAAUGUGACUUUAUUGUUUUCGAGCACUUCAGUGAUUAAGAUACAUGUAAUUUUUUCUUGUUUUCGAAAUGGAUACAAUUUUUUAACAGUUCUAAAAGAAAAUUCGGCAACACCGAACAUUGACGCAGCUUGCUACGGACCGUGUUACUGUGGAAAUUUACCGUUGAAUAAAAUCACAGAAUAAUUUAAUAAAUUGCUGAUCUAAGCAUUAUAUCGAUAAAGAAUGAAUAGUGGACGUGCCAGAGUCCCAAAGUGUGCUCGCUGUCGGAACCAUGGACUGAUCUCCAGUCUUCGAGGCCAUAAAAAAGCUUGUGCAUACCGACUCUGCCAGUGCCCUAAAUGCGGCUUGAUUAAGGAGAGACAGCGCAUAAUGGCUGCUCAGGUGGCUUUGAAGCGUCAACAAGCUGCUGAAGACAAGAUAGCGUUGCAUCUGGCUUCUGUUGAAAGUGGGACCGCUUUGGAAGCUUUACCCCCGGGGAGGAUAUACGGGAUGCGGGUCACCGGUCCCUGUCCUAGCCCUGGACCUGAGCCCGACUCAGUGGCUGAUGACCACACGCCAAUCCACAUCGACAGUGAGACGAGUGAUUCUCUGCCGGAUUGUUGCACUGUUUCUCCUGAUUCUGCCGGAAAUCCUUCGGCAACAAAUUCUAUGCGCGCUGGUGAAGAAGCUUCUGAGAGUGAGAACGCCGUGAGCACAGCGGGUUUGGAGAUGUUACGCAAGUUGUUCCCCGGCAAGAAGCGUUCUGUAUUGGAAUUGGUGCUACGCCGCUGCAACCACGACCUGCUUCGAGCCGUUGAACACUUUAAUGCUACUCGCGAUCAUCGAGACAAAAUUCCCGGAAUUGGUUCAAGCAGCUCUGGUUAUGAGGCUUCAGUAUCAAGUACCGAAGAAGUGGAGUCCCGGUGGUCGGCGUUCCGGCCUGUGGGGCCACGAGCCCCUUUACUGCCAGCCUUAGUCAUGGGCAGGGUUUGCGGGUCUGACUGGCUGAUACCUAUGCCAGCGUUGCCCACGCUCUCAGGACCACUGCUUCUUCCACUGCAGCACCCUCACGCGCCACCUGUACCGCGCAACCCUUGCACUCCGGACUGCAGACAGUGCAAUCAUCAUUAACUUCUGGCACAUUUGUGUCUCGA